UUUUUAUAAAGAUUACUGAAAUAACAUGUGUGAAGUGUUUGAACACUUAAAAGUGCCAUGUAAAUGGAUUCAUUUCUCCCUCAUCUGUAUUUCAUGCUGUUAACAAGACAUACUUACCAUACCCUGCUAUUUUGGACUGAUGAAUCUAAGGGAUAAAACAGAAUUCUAUAUUGUGUAAACGAGCUGAUGGACGAAGAUGAGAAGGACAGGGCAAAGAGGGCAUCACGCAACAAGUCAGAGAAGAAGAGAAGAGACCAGUUCAAUGUCCUCAUCAAGGAGCUAUGCACCAUGUUGCAAGGCCAUGGCCAUCCUCUCAAGAUGGACAAAUCUACCAUACUGCAGAGGACCAUUGACUUCCUACAGAAACAAAAAGAAAUCACAGCACAGACAGAGGCCUGUGAGAUUAGACAAGACUGGAAGCCUUCGUUUCUUAGCAAUGAGGAGUUCACUCAGUUGAUGUUAGAGGCAUUAGAUGGAUUUCUCAUUGCACUAACCACUGAUGGGAUUAUUAUUUAUGUAUCUGAUAGUGUCUCUUCUCUUCUUGGGCAUUUACCGUCAGAUUUGGUGGACCAAAAUAUAUUAAACUUCCUGCCUGAGUGUGAACAGAGUGAUGUAUACAAGCUGCUUUCCCCACACAUGCUUGUAACAAACCCUGUGGCAGUGGAUUUCCUAAACAGUGAAAAGCAGAUAGAAUUUUGUUGUCAUUUAGCCAGAGGAAACUUAGAUCCAAGUGAACCCAUUAUAUAUGAACAUGUGAAAUUUGUAGUAGAUUUCAAAUAUUUUACUCAUGUGCCUACAUCCUCUUAUAAUGGCUUUGAGUCUGCCAUUGCACGAGCGUUCCGGUCAGCCAAUGAAGAGCAGGUCUGCCUGGUAGCCACAGUCCGUCUUGUUACUCCACAGUUCUUAAAGGAACUUUGCAAUGUGGAAGAACCGUGUGAAGAAUUCACAUCAAGGCACAGUCUGGAAUGGAAAUUUUUGUUUCUAGACCACAGAGCUCCACCUAUUAUAGGUUACUUACCCUUUGAGGUGCUCGGGACUUCAGGUUAUGACUAUUACCAUGCUGAUGACCUGGAGAUUCUUGCUAGGUGCCAUGAACAGUUGAUGCAGUUUGGAAAAGGAAAGUCUUGUUACUAUAGAUUCUUAACCAAGGGCCAGCAAUGGAUAUGGCUACAAACACACUAUUACAUUACUUACCAUCAAUGGAACUCCAAGCCUGAGUUUAUUGUCUGUACCCACACAGUAGUUAGUUAUGCUGAGGUUCGAGCUGAAAGAAGACGAGACCUUGGCCUUGAGGAGUCGUCCAUUGAACUGGCGUCUUCAUCUUUGAAGAGUCAAGAAAGUUUCAUUGAUAUCCGGCCAUGUGUAGCCAGCCAAGAACCCAGUCGGGAGAGAGUGUCCGUAUCAUCUCAUAGUUCCCGCCCAUCCUCGCACACAGCACUCUCUGACUCUGCAUCAACAUCAUCCAUACGGCACACCGAUGCCAGCACCCCUACCAGACAAUCGUUACCCUUGCCAGACAAGGCACCUCUCAGGCUGGCCUCAAGCAGCAGCACACAGGGUAUAAUAACCCCUCAGACGCCCACUGAGCAUCUCACGCAGCGUCACAUGGCGCAGCCCACGGUUCCCUCACAGCAAGCGGUUAUGCCUGUGUAUCACUUCCCAGCUCAGAUAGGGAUGAUGCAUCAGCUGAAAGAGCAGCUGGAGGAGAGGACCCGCAUCUUGCAAGCUGACAUUAAGACGCAGCAAGAGGAGCUGCAUGUCAUCAAAGAGCAGCUUCUGUUGGUGCAAGACUCCAACCUGCAGAUGUUGAUGCAACAGCCAAUGCCAAUGGUCUUCAACAACGUGCAGCAACCCCAGAACCCACGGAGGCCUUUUCAGCCGCAAGCAGCAGCAACAGGGAGUAGGCACGGGACAACCUCCAAGAAGUCUCAGCAGCAAGGCCUUACGGGAGCCAAGCAGUAUUGUGGCACACCCUUGCCCUCGCCACGGCAAUUCCUCAGGGAACCUUGUGUUCCGUCAUCCCAGGUACAGCAACAGCAGCAGCAGCAAAAGCAUGUUCUGAGAGGAAACCAAAUCCAGCAGGCAUGCUUGCCAAUGCAGAUGAGCAUUUCAAUGCCCCUCUACAAUAAUCCCAUGGUGUUCUCUCAGGCGCACCCUAUCACUGUGUCUGCUCCGAUGCCUGCCGAAAUGACCGAGAGGCAGCAGCAGCCUGACUACAGCCAAGAUCGGAGUCUACGAUUCCCUCAAGAGCAGCAGGGCUUGCCUCCUGCCAUCCAGAUGCAGCCAAUCACCUGCACCGCUGGUCGCGCCUCUGCUCCCGCCCCUGUGUUUACCCCCUCAGUGAUGAUUCCACACACCAACAUUACUGCACAGCAGAGCCAUGCCCCUGGCACCCUCCACCAGUGGCAGCCGCAGCAAGUUCAACAACAUCACCUCUAUCUUCAGAUGCCAGGUGCUACUGAGCCAGUCCAGGCAGGCCAAAACCAGCACGUAUUUCAGCCCUCUCAUCUGCCACAGCAGAAUGCCACUAUGGGCUAUUUCCACCACCCGCAGCCACAGAACCACCACCUGCAGGGCCAGCCUUGUGGCUUGCAAGACCUGUCCGAAAUACAAAUGCCUUGAGGCUGAGGCUGGAAAGACAGCGGUGGCAGGUGCAUGCUGAGGCGGAGCAGGGGCUGUGCUGAGCAGAGGGUG